AUGUUCUGGAUCGUGGGAAGCUUGACAAGACACGUUUUUCUUGUGUGCGCCUCUCUGGCUGUUGUCGAGAGAGACGACAUGGCUGGGCGGGCGGGACAAAGGGGCGCCAUGGAGGCUAUCGGUGCACAAUGUUCCGAUGCAGCCGGUGGGAGUGGGAGAGUGCUUAGCACCUGGAUACGGUUGCUGGCUGCAGAAGGCGGAUGGAACAAGUUUGGAAGCUUUCACAGAGACCCAAUCGGGCGUUGCUCCACCUUGCCGUGGGUGGAUCGUCAAAGCGACCGAGUUAGGAGAGGGGACAAUAUCGGCGAGACUUGCCGCUCGUUACAGGUGGGCAGGCCUAUGGGGGCCAGCACCGGAGUUUGCACGUCGGUAGGGCAGAGCUAG